AUGUCAGCGCCGACAUCGUUAGUGUCCUUUGGCUUAGUAACAGAUGUGCAGUACGCAGAUGUGGAGGACGGAUGGGAUUUUCACCAUACGACAAAGCGAUACUAUCGCAAUGCGUUGACUCAAUUACAUGCUACAAUCGCCAACUGGUUGUAUGAAGCCGAGAGUGGAACGAAACUUCGUUUUGCUGUAAACCUGGGAGACCUCAUUGACGGUAAGAAUCGACCAGCUUCCACAUCCCACCAAGCCCUUACAAAAACAAGAGCAGCCUGGAGUCUAUUUCAAGACGCCAUUGGGCCAGUUCAUCACCUCGUUGGCAACCACGAGCUCUACAACUUUUCGGCAUCAUUUAUCCGGAAAGAACAUAUAUCUCAACCACCAACAAAGUCGAACGAUACUCCACAAGGUUGUUACUACGACUUUCAAGUAGAUCAAGCACCCAGUUUUCGCUUUGUCGUGCUAGAUUGCUACGGUUUGUCAAUUUUAGGACGAGAAAUGAGUGAUCCAGUGUACCAGGAAGCAUUAGCACUCUUGCGACGCGUAAAUCCUAACGAGAAUCUUAAUUCUCCGACGGGUCUUGUUGAAGAACAACGACGAUUUGUUGCUUUCAAUGGAGCUAUAGAUCAAAAGCAGAUGAUUUGGCUGGAGGAAACACUGAAAAAAGCAACGAAAGCCGAAGAAAACGUGGUCAUUUUUACCCACGUCCCUGUUCAUCCAAGCACUACACCAACACCAUCGUGCUUGUUAUGGAAUUAUCCAGAAGUGUUAGAACUUAUUCGACGCUUUGCUUGCGUUCGCGUUGUCUUUUCAGGUCAUUCACAUGCUGACGGUUAUAUUUACGCCCAUGAAGGCAUGCAUAACAGUGGAGUGCACUUUGUCGUUUGCGAUGCUAUCCUAGAAUGUGCUCCGUCUGAAACAGCCCAUGCGUUGGUGCAUGUCUUUGAGGACAAGCUGGUCGUACAAGGUUACGGCAAGGUUCCCACACGCGAACUAUGCUUUCCGAAGAAUGUAUAA